AUGCGUGAGCGGAAGGCGAAUUCUGAGUCAAGCAUCGGCGGGGACUCGGGUUGCUCGACGCCCAUCACCUUCCGUGAGGGCACCGCCGCGACGCAACGGCCUUUGCAGCUUGGCAGCGCUCGCCGUUCGCCGACACCUCAUAGCCAUUGUGGCAAGUUUCUCCGGCUGUACGUCGCGCUCUCAGGCGCAAUCCUGCUCCCCGCCGGGCUUUUCUGGUUCGCGUGGACCAGCCUCCCUCCCGUCCCCUGGAUCCUGCCCGUCCUCGCCGGCAUCCCCUUCGGCGCGGGCACGGCGCAGAUCAUGCAGUCGCUCGUGCAGUACCUGCUUGACGCCUACUUGAUCUACAGCGCGAGCGCGAUCGCGUUCACCGUCGUCCUCCGCUCCGUGUUCGACAUGGCCUUCCCGCUCGUCACGCCCGUCAUGUACGACCGGCUCGGCCCGCGCUGGGCGGGCUCUGUCUUCGCCUUCCUCGCGCUCGCGUGCGCGCCGAUCCCGUGGCUGUUCCGCAAGACGCCGUCGCCACGGGGCCUGCAGGACAACACGCACCACGCCGGCGGUGCCGCAUUCCUUUACAUUCUCGAGACCCCUCCAGCAUUCUUCGAGCGCGUCCCAGGCGUCUUUCAUCGCGAUUUCGUCGAUGAGGCUGUUCCUGACCCAGUUAACCUUUUGAGAAACGCGAGGAGAUGGGUGGCCAAGGAAAAAAGCGAGUGA